AUGGCUACAGAAAGAAAGCAUGUGAAGGUGGUGGUGGUGCCGGGAGAUAUAACAGACUAUGGGAACGUGCGUGAUGCCUUUCAGGGAGCAGACCUGGUUUUCCACGCAGCUAGUUUAGUUGAUGUGUGGUAUAAGGUUCCUGAGAAGGCCAUCUAUGCUGUCAAUGUACAAGGGACGGAGAAUGUAAUAAACGCAUGUGUGGAAAUUGGUAUUCAGUAUUUGAUCUAUACAAGCUCCAUGGAGGUGGUUGGUCCAAAUGUGAAAGGAGAUACAUUCAUCAGAGGGAAUGAGGAUACUCCAUAUAAUAUAUUCCAUGAGAUGCCCUACCCUAAGACCAAAGCUUCAGCUGAGAAAAUGGUGCUGGGAGCCAAUGGCACAAAGGUAAAGGGAGGGAACACUCUCUACACAUGCUCACUACGGCCAACCGGUAUCUAUGGGGAACAGCAUCAGCUCAUGAAGGACUUCUAUCUGAAUGGGGUGCGGACCGGAGGUUGGGUGAUCAGAGGAGUUCCACAGAACACAGAGCACGGAAGAGUCUAUGCAGGUUGAUUGUAGCUUCAUUGCUGUG